AUGACUGAUUACGAAAAAGAAUUAUUAGCGGACCUUGAGAGCAGCGACGAUGAAGAAACGGUAGGCCCAUUUAUUGUUGACCAACCGGGUAAGAAAGAACAAGAACAAGAAGAAGAAGAAGAAGAAGAAGAGGAAGAAGAGAAAGUAAAACAAAAGGUGGAUGAUACUGAUCAAAUAGGGAAUGAUCAAAAUACUUUUCAGGAAAAGUUGACGAAUUUGAUCACGUCGUCUUCUACAACAAGUCCCUUUCAAACAAUACUACAGCAACCUGACAUUGAGUCUGUACAGGACUUUAAAAGUCUAUCCAAAAUUUACCCGUUGAUUGAAGAGUUGAAAAGCAAAUUGAAUCAGUAUUCAAAUGACGAAGAAAAUGACUUUAUGCAAUUACUAGCCGAAAUUAAUAAGGAGGACAACUUCCAGUCUGACGAGUACAAGUUUAUUGUCACCAUAAAUGAAUUAACAGAAUUCAUUAAUAACGAGAUAUUUGCAUUUGUGAUACUUCUCAAAAUGCAGUACAAGUUGGUGUUUCCAGAAUUGGAAUCGAUAAUCAUCAAUAAUAUUGACUAUGUGCAGAUUGUGAUGAUGAUAAAACAGGACUUGGCCGGUAUACAAAAGUACGAGCAAGAUUUGAGAAAUCUAGUCACAAAUGAUAAAGUUUUAGUGGUGAUUAUGUCUGCUUUACAACAAUCCAAGGAUCAUUUUCAACUAUCUGAUGCAGAUAUGCAUAAAGUUCUUUUGUGUGGAGAAUUGGUGCUUGAGCUAAACAGUUUGCUCGAGCUGCUAUCGAAUUUCAUUUCACACAAACUCGUCAAGUUUGCCCCCAAUGUUGCAGCAAUAAUCGGCCCUAUAACCACAUCGCAGUUGCUAAUUGCUACGGGGUCUCUUCGACAAUUGGCUGUGACGCCAUCCUGCAACAUUGCAUCAUUGGGAGUACGAGACUUGUCGUCUAAUACUAGAGUAGCAUCAAGAAACAUUCGCCAAACUGGGUAUAUCUAUCAUAGUGAUAUUGUAAAGUACCUUCCACCUGAAAUCCAGAGAUCGGCAAUGAGAAUCAUUAGCGGAAAGAUCAUUUUGGCUGCCCGUAUAGACUUGUCGAAAUCUACUCCUGAUGGUAGCUUGGGUUCCAAGUUGAGAAGAGAAAUUGAGGAAAAAAUCGAUAAAUUACUAACGCCGCCUGAACAAACUCCCGAUAAGGCGUUGCCAGCGCCCAUUGAGAUCAAGUCUAAAAAGAGAGGUGGUAGGAGGUUGCGAAAGAUGAAGGAAAGAUUCCAGAUGUCUGAGUUGCGGAAGGCACAAAACAAAAUGGAGUUUGGGAAACAAGAAGAAACAGUUACAGAUGAUUAUGGUGAAGAAAUAGGUCUUGGUAUGAGCAGAUCUGGUGGUGGAUUGGGUAUGGGAAGAAUAGGGCAAAUACAAGUCAAUAAAAAUACAGAUGCCAGGAUGUCGAAAGCUAUGGUGGAACGAUUACAAAAACAAAAACAGAAACAACAAGAACAAGAUGCUAGGAAAAGUAUUAUGGAUGAGGAUUUUGAUAGCAUAAUUUUAGGUCGUGCUGAUAGAGAAGAACAAGAAGAAGAACAAGAAGAAGCCCAUGAAUCAAGCAACGGAAAGUUUACUGCUGCAACAGUUUCACCAACUGCAUCAGGCACCAAAAAAGAGAGUAGAUGGUUCACUGGAUCAUUGAAGCGCAAGAACGAGGAUAAUCAUGUUGUUGGUAAUGAGUCACUCGAUGGAAACAAUAAGCGCCAUAAACUAAUUUAA